AUUCAUAAUAAAGAAUUCAUACAUCGAGAUUUUCACAGUGGAAAUUUGUUGGUAAAUUUGACAGCUGAUUAUUAUCGCAAUUGUAAAAUCGGAGAUCUAGGAUUAUCACGACCUGCAAAUGACACCUCAACGGAUAAUGAAAUUUAUGGGGUGAUACCUUAUAUUGCACCAGAAAUAUUUAAAGGGUCUGCAUUUUCUAAAGAAUCUGAUAUUUAUAGUCUGGGUAUGAUUAUGUGGGAACUUACAACAGGUUGUAAACCUUUUGCUAACGUUGAACAUGAUAUUUAUCUAAUUAUCAAAAUUAUUGAUGGUGCGCGACCUGAAAUUACAGAAGAUACACCAGAAUGUUAUACUAAUUUAAUGAAAAGUUGUUGGGAUUCUGAUCCCAAAAGAAGACCUUCUAUAAGUGUCAUUAGAGAUAUUUGUUUUAAAUUGUUUUGUCAAUUAUUCAAUUCUACUAAUCGAUCAUUUGAUCAAGCUGAUUUAAAAAGUAAUACGUUAAUAGAUUCAAAGAAGCUUGGUCUUAAGUUUAGUGAAAAAACUCAUCCAAAGGCUAUUUAUACAAGUAGAUCAUUAAACUCUUACAUUUCUAAAUGUUCAUCUAUAUUUUCUAAAUGUUCAUCUAUCAAAUUUUCAUCAAAUGGUAUGUAUUAUAUUAUGGAUAAAUCUAAUUGUAACAGCCUGUUACGCGUCUUAUUUGUAACAACCCCCAAUUUUAUCCAAUUAAAAUUUAAGAUCAGGCGUAAUGUAAACAAAAACAAAAGAUCAGUUGUGUAA